CGACAACUCGCCCCGCUCCUGCUCGGGGUCCGGGCUGCAAAACCCCCGGGAUCUGCGGGGACAAGCGGCGGCAGACAAAGCCUAGAACACUGGACAGUAAUGGAGUAUAUGAGCACCGGGAGUGACAAUAAAGAAGAGAUUGAUCUGUUAAUUAAAGAUUUAAAUACGUCGGAUGUAAUAGACAUUAUGGAGAAUCUUUACCCAAGCGAAGAAGGUGCAACGUAUGAACCCAGUCUGAGGGCUAUGUGCCAAGACCCUAAUCAAAAUGAGGACUGUUCGGAGUCUUUGUUGCUGAGUGGUCAAGAGGUGUCCCGGCUUUCAUCGGUCAGAUAUGGAACGGUGGAGGACUUGCUUGACUUUGCGAAUCACGUCUCCAAUACUGCCAAGCAUUUCUACAGACACCGGCCACAGGAAUCAGGAAUCCUAUUAAAUAUGGUUAUCACCCCUCAAAAUGGACGUUAUCAGAUCGACUCAGAUGUACUCUUGUUCCCCUGGAAGCUGACGUACCGGAACAUUGGCUCGGAUUUCAUUCCACGGGGAGCUUUUGGAAAAGUGUACCUAGCGCAGGACAUCAAGACCAAAAAACGAAUGGCUUGUAAACUGAUUCCAGUGGAUCAGUUUAAGCCAUCCGAUGUUGAAAUCCAGGCUUGCUUCCGUCAUGAGAACAUUGCUGAAUUAUACGGUGCCAUUCUGUGGGAUGAAACAGUCCAUCUCUUCAUGGAGGCGGGCGAGGGAGGGUCUGUGAUGGAGAAGCUGGAGAGCUGCGGACCUUUGAGGGAAUUUGAGAUUAUUUGGGUGACUAAGCACGUACUUAAGGGCCUUGAGUUUCUUCACUCAAAGAAAGUUAUUCACCACGAUAUAAAACCUAGCAACAUUGUUUUCAUGUCAACCAAAGCCGUGCUGGUGGAUUUUGGCCUAAGUGUUCAAAUGACGGAGGACACCUACUCCCCUAAGGACCUUCGGGGAACUGAGAUUUACAUGAGCCCGGAAGUGAUCUUGUGCAGAGGACACUCCACCAAAGCCGACAUCUACAGCAUAGGAGCCACCCUGAUCCACAUGCAGACAGGCAGCCCACCGUGGGUGAAGCGCUACCCUCGCUCGGCCUACCCAUCCUACCUGUACAUAAUUCACAAGCAAGCUCCGCCCUUAGAAGACAUCGCAGAGGACUGCAGCCCUAGUAUGAGAAUGCUGAUAGAAGCCGCCCUGGAGAGGAACCCAAAUCUCCGUCCCGCUGCUGCUGACUUGCUGAAGCACGAGGCUCUGCAUCCCCCACCAGAGGAGCAGCCCCGCUGCCAGAGCCUGGACUCGGCCCUGUUCGAGAGGAAGAAGCUCCUGACGAGGAGAGAGUUAGAACUGCCGGAAAACAUUGCAGAUUCGUCCUCAUGUACGGGAAGCACAGAGGAAUCAGAAGUGCUUAAGAGGCAGCGUUCGCUCUACAUAGACCUUGGUGCACUGGCUGGCUAUUUCAACCUGGUUAGGGGACCUCCGGCGCUAGAGUAUGGCUGAUGAUACUUUUAAGUGCGCAUUCAACUUGCUUUCACCUCUCAGAGGUGCUUUUUCCUGACCCCACCAGGGGAUUUUGUAUAGAUAACAGUUCUAUGUAUUUGCUGCAACAUAGUGGUUCUCAACUGAACAUGAGGUCAUGUGAUGGCUCAUGGCAAACAAAGAAGAUUUGAGAGAGAUAUCCUGGAAUAAUCACUAUUUUGUGACUGAUUCUGAACCUUUGUAUAUACACUUUGAAAUCUGAAUAAUCAUAGGGAUAAUAUAUUUAGAAAAUUUGUAUUUGUGCUUAAAGUUGAAUAGGAAGUGUACAUUUAACUCAAUAUUAUUCCAUGUUAACUUGAACCGUAGUAAGAAGAUUUUCAUAGAAACUGAAUGUCUACAUUUUCGGUGGUUAAAAAUCCCAGGUUCUGUUUUAAUCACCAAUAAGCCAUGCUAGUACCUUAAAAUGACUUUAAAUGAAUGUAUUAGUGGCCGUAUAUCAACCUGGCACUAAUGACUAGUCAUGUUUAUAUUCCUAUGGAAACAAUUUAUAACGUACAUGCUAUGCUGAAUACAUUUAAAACAAUGAUGUUUUAGAUGGUGAUAAAACUGUGUAAACCACAUAAUUCUGUACAUCCCAUGGGAUGAGAGUGUGAAUUUCUAGAAAAACAGAAAACUUUUAAAUGCUUAUGACUUUUUUUAAGCAUUUGUGUGUAGAAAUGGCAUACUAUGUAUGUUGUAUAUCAAACGCCUUAUGAGAUGUUUCUGUAUUUUUAACACAAAGUAGUUAAGAUUACUCCCUGAAAUGUAUUUGGAAGUUUGGUGGCCCAGGGUUUGUGCAGGCGACUGGCAAGAGAAACCUCACAUGUACCAUUUGUGCCCGAUGGCACAAGCGUAUGCGGAGAGUCCCAGCCGACGAGUAUAUCUGGGGAAGGGUGGUGGUUAGCCAAAGAGGCAGCAGAGGCAACAGGGCCACCACUGUGAGCAGGGGACCUGCCAACUGCAAAGAAGUGAAGUUGCGAACCGGAAAUCCACCUAUGCCAAGGUUCGCCGUAUUUUAUGUUUGGUGCCAAUGCCUCUGAUCAAAUCAAUGGAAUAAAUUUGUAUUUUGCCAUA